GUUUAUAGCUGAAGCUCAGAGUCAAUUGAAAGCGCGGUGGUGUAUUACUGAACUUUUGAAAAUUUGUUUUAUAACUUUAUGACUUCACAUAACUUUUGUCAUAUUUUUUUUAAAAGACUAUAUAAUUCGAGAUUAUGACGAAUAUAACGUACUUUGCUAGCAUUUAGUGAAGUAGCUUGACUUUCGCAAGACAAUUUGAUGAGUUUAGCUCCUUAGUUUAAACGAAAGUUUGGAUUUUCAUUAUUUCCAUUUGACACAGAAAGAAAAACAUUUACUUUUCUGCAUAUGCCACGAGUUUACCUGCCAGAUUUAAAUAUUGAGUUUAUUGGAUAUUAAUUGCUUUAAAGACCGUUUGAUAUUUAUAUAUUUAAGGUGAAGAUAUAUUUUUUUUUAAAAUCAAAAACGCCAGAAAUAUUAAAUUAAAAACAUGGAAGAAAUGUGUCGAGACCGAGUCGGAUUAUUUAAUGUGGCAUUCUACAAAUUGUGGACCUGCGCUAUGUGUUAUUCCUAUCUUUUCCGAAACGAAAUGGAACUUCAGUCGAAUGGUAAUAUAGGGCUCGUCUCUGUAAACGGUACUGUUUUUCCUCCUGGUACAACACUUUAUCCCCAUAUAGACAACCAAACCGGCAUGGAUAUGGUCUGUGAAACUCUAGACAGUUAUGAUUGCUAUCGAUGGACAUCGUGUUGUGAAAAUGCUAUGUCCUGUUGUGAUAGACAGAGAUCCACAGCCAACUAUAGCGGCCCGGGAAAAUAUUGCCCCCGUACAUGGGAUGGAUUUGGCUGUUUUGACGAUACACCGGCUUCAGACGUAUCAUACAUCAAAUGCCCUGAAUAUAUUGACCAGGCGAAUCCAAUGGCUGAUGCCACAAAAACGUGUACAUCAAACGGCACGUGGUAUGCAAACCCACUAACACGUACAGAAUGGACGAAUUAUACUGGUUGCGUGAAAAUUGAUAAUUUUAAAAUACUGUUUCAAGUGGGGUUGAUUUGUAAUAUCAUCAGUAUAAUUUUCCUGGUACCUGCUUGUGUUAUCUUCUUAUAUUAUAGGCAACUCCGAAUGCAGCAGAGAAUCAAACUCCAUAUAUGUUUGUUUAGUUCGUUUGCUUUGACAUGUGCCAUCAUGAUACUGUGGGAUGUUCUCGUUUUCAAUGAUCGGUUGGAAAAACCCGCCAGAUAUUCCAUCAUGUACCGAGACCCGCAUGGAUGUAAAAUUCUCAACAUUCUAACCAGGUAUGCCGUAUCUACUACUUAUGUCUGGAUGUUCCUGGAAGGUUUCCAUCUUCAUCGCUUGAUUGUCAAGGCGUUCAAAGUUCCAAAAUCGUUAUUGAUCUAUCAUAUUAUUGGCUGGGGUUUUUCUGUGAUUCCAAUAAUUGGUUAUACAAGUGUUCGGAUAACUCGUAAUGACAAAAGUUGCUGGGUAUACCAUGCUGGUGGAUAUGAAUGGAUCGUCUACUUCCCUAAUCUAGUCUGCAUUGUCGCUAAUUUUUUUUUUCUUGGUAAUAUUCUACGUAUCUUAAUGACCCAACUGCAGAGCCAUCCUAACGAACCCAGUAAUUAUAGGCGUGCCUUAAAAGCUACCUUCAUCCUCGUACCGUUAUUUGGUUUACAGUUAUUUCUAAUCAUCUACAGACCACCAUCUUCCUGGGGUGGUAGUUUUGUCUUUGAAAUAGUGUCAAAAGUUGCCACCAACACACAGGGUGCAAUUGUUGCUAUAAUAUUCUGUUUUUUAAAUGGUGAAGUCCAUACGCACCUUAAAGGUGUCAUACCGACUCGCUUCAGACAGAAACCACAUCGCUCCGAACUCGGUCGAACUAACUCCGUAUCCACACAAUACACAAUGGAAUCAACAAGACCACCAUCAAUGAGGGCAAAAAUUGCAGACGAUAAACACAGUUACAUCCCCCUGAAUACUCUGGUUGAUGAUAUACAUGUCUCCAAUGGUCAACAAGGAAGUCCCAUUGUACGUAACAAAACAUGAACAUCUCGAACGACACUUUAUGGUCUUUGAAGUAAAAAUAUUUUGGAGAGUUCCACAAGUAUUUUUUUCGUGUGAAAUGUACCGUUUUGGUGACAUUAUACAAGGCGUGUGAUAUAAUAUGACCAAGUGUAAGUUCGAUCAAGAUGAAUGUUGAAGUGUCUGCUGAUAAAACCAAUAUAGGUUAAAUUGUUCGAUGUGAUCUGAAUUUGAAAGAGACAACCAAAUAGUGCUAUAAGAAAGAACAGUGCUGCAUUGAAUAUUAGUUGAAUUUAAGCUAAUGUAGAAAUGCUUUUGUUUUAUUUAUUCAUUUUUUUUUUCUAUUUGCAUAUAUUUAACAUUGAUAUCCCGUAUCAAUUUGUCAACUGGAGGACAUUCAACCGUCAUGACUUCAGAUUGGGGUUUAUGCAGAAUAUACUGCUAAAGGGAAAUAACUCUUUUUUAUAACAUCCCUGGAAUGAUAUCUAGUUUAGCUUUAAUAGGAAAUGUAUGUUUAAAUGUCGGAAGAAUUAAUAUUAAAUUUCGGGGAAUACAUCAGAUCUGCCAAUUAAAAACAGUUGUUAAUUGUUGAUCUGUUUUGUUUUGUUUAUCUGUUUUUGGAGGGUCUCAAUUUACCUAUAUAUUUUUAAUGGUCCAUUCUGUUGUCUUCUCUCUUCUGUUCUGGUGAACAGUUCAUUUGUUAUUGGAAUCAGCUGUUUAUUCAUGACCUCAACUUGACGAAGCUCGCUGUCGCUGGACACCACGGGAUUGUACUAGACUGAGUCUAACUGCUUAAGUAAGUUAUGAGUACAAGAAUACUUUAUAAAAUUGUUAAAUGUUUAUAGUUUUUGUAGACAUUCAUUUUUUUAUAACUAUUAUAAAUCCAAAUAAACUCUGUUGUUAUUUUUUUAUUAUUAUAAAUCCAAACAAACUUUGUUGUUUUAUGGUUCUGUGUCUUUUUAUGUGUACAGAAAAUGUUGAAGUUGAAUAAGCGGAGAAAGAGAGAGAGAGAGAGAGAGAGAGAGAGAGAGAUGAGCUAUGUCAUUUCGGGACUAACAUAUGGUUUAAUAAAAUUUCAAUGAUUCGCUUGUGCGUAGGGGUCUUUAGCAGUGGGAGGAAACCGGAGGACCCGGAGAAACUCCACGAGGUUGGACAGACAAUUUAAAGGACUUUACUUUAAAUUUGUAAAUAUUGUCUGCAACAGGCACCACGUGUCCAAAACGUUGCGUGAAAUUUAAAACAAUAUUUUUAGAGGGCUUAGUGAGUUGUUAAUGAUUGCAUUAUGCUGUCUAUUAUAUAAUUAUGUUAAAUCGUCUUACUUCCGGAUUUUUAACAGAAAUAUAGCCCAAGGGAAGUAGUUUAAAUUUAAAUAAAUAUCCAGCAUUCCUUAAGGUGAUCUCUAGUAACAACUGUCUAUUAUUUGACUUGAUUUGGUCCGAUGUUAUAAUGCUUUGUAAUUCUGACAAAUUGCGACCGUUUUUAACAACAUCACUAGUUUGGUGUUACUUGGAAACGUCAAGCUAGGGAUGCCACAUCGAGGCUACACAGUAUGUUUUCUACGAAGUGCACAGAGAAAACAUAUAUAUAUCCGCAUCUUUGAGAUGAGAUACUCUAACCGCUCAUUUGGAAAGGUGGCAACCGGUAGCAUGUUUACCAGAAAUAUAGUUACCAUCGUUUCGUAUUAUCGGACAUACCAGGCUAACUAAUUAAAUAAAUGCAGACUUUUAAUGUCUGUUCUUUUUUAUUAAAUAAUUUCAUCAUAAUUGAUACAUGUAGUACGCGUUGUUCAAAGGAGCUAAAUCUCUGCUAAAUCUCUUUGAUUUAGGUCAAAAUAAUAUUCAAUUCUAUUAAUCUGAGACGUUAUUUUGAUUAGGGGUGUGGUAAGGUCUAUACUGUUAAAAAAAAUUAGCUGAAGUCGGCUCGUUUGUUAAUAUAAAUUUAAGAUUUGAGUUAAUGUACCCACAUGAAGUCGGCUUGUUUGUUAAUUUAAAUUUAAGAUUUGAGUUAAUGUAUCCACCUGAAGUUGGCUCGUUCGUUUAUUUAAAUUUAAGAUUUGAGUUAAUGUAUCCAGCUGUGUCGAUAGCUGAACACAAAAUCAGUUAAUCUAUAGAUGCAAAUGUCCACGAAGACAGACUGUCAUCCAUAUUAACUGGUAAAUCAGGAACGGACUAGGGGUCACAGUUUUUGAAAAACUGUAAUUGGUGCUUUCUUCAGUAUAUCCUGAUGGUUCUAGCAAAUUUAGAGUAUGGAAAUCUUGCCAGUUCAUCAAAAAUAACUAUUGAAAUCGCCAAUAUUAUUUGUAAACCAAUUGAAAGGGUUUUAUUUGUUGUUUUUUUUAAGUAUUUGUAUGUUUAUUGUGUAAUAUUGUUAUGAUAGUCUUGUGAUGUUCGACUCUUGAGGAUUUUAUAUGUUCGGCUCUUGAGAAAUGACUCUUGAAUUUAUAUGUUCGACUCUUGAGAAAUGACGCUUGAGGAAUGUGUAUGUUCGACUCUUGAGAAAUUUAAAUGCGGAAGUUUGUUUAACCAUUGUUUAAACUACAUUUCAUCACCUUUUAAUUUAUGUAAUAAAUUGUUACCCAAUUAAAACCGGUUUAUGUUUCCUUG